CUCUGGAAGAGCAGCCAGUGCUCUUAACCACCAAGCCACCUUUCUAACCCCUGUGUUCAACUCUAAAUAAUUGACUUGCCCCUUGUUCUUGAGUUAGUGCAGCUUCAAGUCCCACAGCUGUGACCCUUGUGGCAGGCUUCUUUCUCCAGCUUGCUUCAGACCCCUCCCUUCUCACUCAGUGAAGCUGACCAAACCAGUCUUAGCCGGAUGCCAACCUUUGUAGCAAUUUUCCUCAUUCCCAUCAAACCUCAUGCUCUCAAAUUGUGAGCUGAGCUGAGGCAUCACCCUCUACUGAAUACAGCAGGGAGACUACACCCUGGUCUUCCUUGGGACAGGUCCAGAACUUACCUUCUUGCUUUUGUGCAAAGGAUUGCAUUUUUUCUUUGUUUUUAAAAGAUUUCCUUUUUUUUUUUUUUUUUUUCUGUUUUUUUUCCAGACAGGGUUUCUCUGUGGCUAAGAUUUGUCUUUUUAUGUGUGUGCCAUGUGUAUAUGCAUACAUUUGUGUUUUGAAUUCAAGUAUGUAUGUGACAGUGUGUGUGCGCGUGCGUGCGUGCGUGCGUGCGUGCGUGCGUGCGGUUAGACGACAGUUUCCCUUGUUGGUCCUUGCUUUCUACUCUGUGUGAGGCAGGUUCUCUUGUUCUUUUCCCACUGUGUAUGCCAGGAAAGCUGGCUCACAGGCUUCUGGGGUCCCUUGUCUUUGCAUCCCAUUUCUCAGUAAGAGCACUGAGAUUAUAGAUACCUUACUAUCUCUGGCUUUUAUGUGUUCUCAGAGUAUUCCACCCCAGGUUUUCAUGGUUGUGUGGCAAGCUUGUGAGCCAUCUUUACAGUCCUUGGGAUUGUUUUUAAAAUACCUCUGACUUCUUCAUGGCCCACUCCACAUAUGGGCACUACUGUUUUCUUUUUGAAGUUGAUUUUGUAUGUAUGCGUGUUUUCCCGCAUGUAUGCCUGUGUACCACAUGUGUGCCCGGUGCCCAAAGAGGUCAUGAGAAGGCAUCAGAUGGACCAGAACUGGAAUUACGGAUGGUUGUGAGCCAUCAUGUAGGUUCCAGGUCUUCUGGAAGAGCAGCCAGUGCUCUUACUGGCUGAGCCAACUUUCCCACCAGUCAGAUCUUGUCUUAACAUGGUUAGGGAGAUGAGAGCAGUGUGGAUGUUUGUGAGGAGGCUACAGUUAGGAGAAACACCAGAAAGCAGACCAGUACGACUUCUUGCGAGGCUUUGGGCUCUUCCGAGGUGCCAGUGGUAUGGGGUGGCUAUCUCUUUAGAGUUCAGACCACAGUUUGCUUCCUUCUCAUGAGGCCUGUGCUGUUUUUGCAGGUGCAGCGGUACCUGGAGAAGAGCAUGAUCAGCAGGAAGCUCUUUGGCUUCACAGAACGCUUUGGAGUUGUCCUUCCAUCCCCCUCAACCUCCCAGGAGAACUGCAAUCUGGAUGGCUUCCAGCACUUCCUGAAGAGCCUGCAGUCUGGGCCUGCUGAUGACUCCCUGGAGGAGGGCCUGGCCACAGCCCCGCGACCUGCCUCCCCGCUGAUGCACAUUGAGGCCUUUCUGGCAGCUCUCACCACUGCCAACCAGGAUGGCAGGGUUAUCCUGAGCCGCCAAGGCAGCGUUGGUGAAAGCAGCCUCAAAUUCUUGCUCUUGAACCCAGCCGUGCACUUUGCCCAGGUGGUGAGGGAGUGCCGAGCAGUGGUCAUUGCAGGUGGCACCAUGCAGCCGGUAAGGCACCAGGACAUCCGUCCAGGUCUCCUCUCUGUCCCCUGGAACCCUAAACAGAAAUGGGCUAGCACGUGCAGACCCAGCAGGGCCACUAGUGCCCCUGCCCCUGCCUUGUAGGCUGGUGGGGUUGUUGUGCUAUGGCUCGUGUCUGUCUGCAUCCCCUGGAGCAGGCUUCUCUGAGAAACAGCCCUUCGGAGUCUCAGACUCUCACUAGGUACCUCCCUCUCAUUACUUUCCUAUAGCAGCCUCUCUCAGAAAGUCAUUUCAUGUAUGCUUUUAUACAGUCAGUGCUGCUGUAAUAACAUAUGUGUGCACAUAUAUGCAGUUUGCAUAUGUACUUUUUUUUAAAACCACACUUCUACAUUAUUGGUAUAAUUUGCUUUUUAUCUCUGCAACAAAAUGUUAAUAUUUAUCCUUGUCAGCAAAUAUUUAUUCUAGCAUAUUCUGUGUUGCAUUCUAACCAUGUAGAUGUGCUACUCACACAACACCUGCUUAGUUGGUUCCUCAGCCCAUUUUCCUGUUACUGCUGGUUUUCACAGUUCUGUGAUUAAUGCACACAUGGACCUCAGAACCAUUUAUGGGUCAGGCUGUCAAGGCACAUUCCAAGCCCAUAGGCAUUUGUUUUGUUUUUGGUUUGCCCUUCAUGUGUACAGAUUUGUACAUUUGUAUUCAUUUGAUGGGUUAAUUUUGUGCAUGGUCAUUAUUCUGGUGUGUGUGCGUGCGCAUGUGUGUGAGAUGGGGUCUCACUAUGUAGUCUUUGUGUUUGUUUUGAGACAGGGUGUCUCUACAUAGCCCUUGCAUUCACUGUGUAGACCAAGCUGGCUUUAAACUCAGAGAUCCACCUGCCUCUGCUCCUCAAGUCUUGAUGUUAAAGACCUGCACCACCAUGCCAGCUCUACUGUGUAUGGAGUUUAGACUGUUGUCAGUCACCGUGUGGAUGCUGGGAGCCAAACUCUGGUCCUGUGCAAGAGCAUUGAGGGCUCUUAACCACAAGUCCAUCUUUCUGGCCCCCAAUUCUUUUCUUACAUGUUUUGCCCACGUAUAUAUGUUUUCUGUGUUCCUCUUUUUUUUUUUUUUUUUUUUUUU